AUGGCCUCCGAAUGCGCCACUCCUCAGUCUCAAGCCUCGAAAGCUUCUUCAUUCUCUUCCAGCACUGUCAUCGAUGCACGCAUGUCACAGCCCAGCACAUCGAAUGUUUCCGACCCAGCACUAGCAUCCGCAUCCGCAUCCUCUCCCCACUCCCCACCCGACUCGCCCGAGAGGAACAGCUACUCUAGCCCUUCCUAUACUGCCAAGGGAAAACGCAGAGCCAGCGGCGAGGAUGUCAACGCAUCCUCAGAUGACACCCGUCAGCUUUCGCAAGCACUGGAUCGUCUAUCUGUGCCGGCAGGAUUCGACCACUCAAACAUUACACCAAGAACACUAGGCAUCAGUACGGCACUGAAAGACUCUUCAACAGACGUCGAGCCACGAACGCCGACAUCCACAUCACAACUCAGAUCACCAGCUUCCACAGCCCAUGCCACUCAAACCGCACAUGCGACGCAGCAAUUGUCGUCCAUACCACCACCAUUAGAGAGGGAUCGCAGGGUCCGCAAAGCCCGCGAUCCCAUUUCGCGUUCCGUUGCUCCCAGUCCACUUCGCUCUGCCCUCACCACAUCCCAUACCACCGGCAGUGCAUCGCAAUUUGCCUCCCUUCUCGGCCAGCCCGUUGCCGUCUCUGCUUCGCUUUCCGCGCCGGACAAAUCCUCCGCUACUGCCGCCUCUGCGGCGCUACCAUCCUUAUACAAGGCCAGUCGUGGUCGUAGCAUCAAUGUCAGUCCUAGUCGCAGAUGGGAUCGAAGGGGCGCCAGUGCCAGUGUUUUGAGCGGCGCCAGUGCUAGCGGCAGCGGGGGCGAGGGCGAGGGCGAGGGCGACGAAGUUAGCGACCAAGAUUUGGCCUCGCAGCGCGCUCUACACAGGUCAUCUGUAACGUCCGGCAGAGCUGGCCCGUCGCCCAACUCUGAAUCGAAGGCUCGCUCAUCCAGCCGCCGGCUCUCCGUUGCAAAGGAGGAGGCCCUGUUCCCUUCGGAUGAUGACGACGAAUGUCCGAUCCUUUCUCCAACCGAGGAGCUCAACGCACAUGCAGACAAGGUUGCGGAACAUCGCCGACGAAUUCGUCGCUGGUCCAGCAUCGAACGUGAGCGCAGAAGAGGCAUGCGCAUUCUAUUGCAAGAGCGACCCGCAGUGCCAGAGCAUUCUCCUGCCCUCGAUGAUCCGGAUUCAAAGGCGCCUGCCCGUGGUCAUGGUCGUGGCCGCUUGGCUGCUAGAGGGUCGCGUGCUGCAGGCGAAGACGUCUCCGAUGUUGAGACGUCAUCCUCACCCUCGAGUUGCGCCAGCAGCUGCGACCUCAACUACGUUCCUCGAGGUGGAGACACCGCCGCUAUUCCCAUCAGAGAGCGCAGAAACCGCUCUACAGGCCCAAAUGACGGCGUGCGCAACGCUUCGACAAGCGCAACAUCAACUCACAGUCAGGUACCCUCCUCUACCGAUGGCAGCGACGAUCCUUCUCCCGCCGCCUCGACGCCUUCUACGUCACUUGUCCAACGAAGCCCUCCAGGUUUCACUACUUUAAAACCCAUUGUCGCGACACCCGUGGCCUCGGAGGCGGAUCCUCUACUUGGCCUCGCCAUCCCAAGUGUCGAAGAUAUGAUUCAAGUUGACAAAGUCGAGUUCUUCCCAGAGGAAGCCAUCACCGCCCAGCAAACAUCUGCAAGAGUCAAGCGAAAGACAUCGCCCAAGCAAGUCAAGAAAUCUUCGUGGAUUAUUGGCGACUUUGAGAGUGAGCCUGAGAGUGACGAAGAACAGCCGGCAAAGUCUAGCACUGGCGGCGCCGUGAAUCGCAGUCAUGCUACGACCAUCAGCACUUCACCACCUUCGCAAAUUGCCAGCAGCUACCAGGCGCGCCUCGCUAGUCUUCAGAGUCAAUUGCGCAUCUGGUCACGCACCCAGGACACAACAGCUGCACCCAGAGUUCGCCAGAUCUCUCCGAUCUCUGAAGGUCAGACCGAGGGUGAAACUGAAACAAAGGAUGCCGACUCGAACAGUGUCAGUCUCCUGUCGGCAAGCUGGCGCAAUCUGGCGCGCCUUCCCAACCUCAUCCUCCUGCCCGGUCUUGCCGCAAGACAAGCGCGAGAAUCGCUUGCAUCCGCGAACAAGGCCCAAGGCGAGGGUUCGGACAGUGCCAGCGGCCAUCGCUCAGCUCCCUCAACAUCGAAGAAUGACUUUGCAAAAAUUUACCGGCUUGCCAGCUCUGCAAACGGCCCUGCUGACGAGAAGAGUGUGCAAGCUCAACGCAAGGUCGCACUCAAGACCGGCCGACCCCCAUCCCCUUCGCCAAGUCCAUCGCCCCCAGCUUCUCUCCUUGGCUCGCGCCAGAGCAGCAACGAUAGUAUCAGCGGCUCCGACCUGGCUCAGUCCGUCCAUCAUGUAACCAACGCAUUGCGUCGAGGAAGAGGAGUGGCUUCGCCUUUGGAGGCCGAUCGUGACCCUUCCGCGUACGUCUCUGGUCUCGGACAGCCCAUCGACCCUGACACUGAGCUGUCUUCCGUGGUUCAACUUCAGACUUUUCGCAGUCGCAGUAGAAGCAGGCCGGCGGAUGUCGGUCACCGAGGUCAAGCCGCCGAAGACUUGUGCAACAACGGUCGUCGCCAGCCAGAGACUACAACUGCUGCUCGAUCGCCGAAGAAGCUUGGUCAACCCAUCGAGCUCGAGCCAACGGAAGAGGAGAAACCGCAGGCACCCUCGCAACGCAGACUCAAGCAGCAGCGGGAUGCGAGGAACGCCCUCUCAGAGCCGCUUACUGUCCAGAUUCCUCAGCCGAGCCUGGCUUCGAGUACGAGAUCGGGCCGUGGACGACGUGACCUUUUCGCUGAUGUCCCAGCCCCGACUGAUAUCGCUUCCGCACCCACUUCGCCCACUUUCCGCAAGAGCGCCACAUCGUUGUCUGCGUCGCGCGCAGAUGAGACCGAUAGCAUUCCGUCUCCGCCGCGUCAGGGAGAGGGACGGGAACGAAGCUCGGUUGACGCCGAUGGUUUCCGCGUGGUGCGGCGCAGACAUCGUCGACGCUCUUCUGGCCCUCGAUCGCUGCGUCCGAAAGUAGAUGCACCUGUUCCGCAGGGCUAUUCUGCCUUCUCGAUCGAAGAGGACGAGGAGAAUGCCGACGGGUCUGACUCGGAUGGUGAUGUCACUCCAUCACCAACUUGGGCAAGACAAAGUCGGGGGCGUGGUGGUCGUGAUCCUUCACCUCGUCGAUCGAACCGUCAGUGUGCAGUAGGCUUAUUCGGAGGAGGUGUAUCUGCUGCUUCUUCUUCUACAACCCCAGCCAACUCCACUCCACGCUCGCGUCGAAGCGGUCGCCGAGAAGGAUCGCAGAUCAAUCUGUCUACGCCCAUCCGCAGUGUUCGAUCUUCGCCUGAUUUGACCUACGCUGCAGCAGCUGCAGCUGCUCGUGAAGGCAACUCGGAAGAGCAGAGCGAAGACGAUCCUUCGCCGCCGCGAGGCUCGCGCGGCCGACGAGGUGCAGUUAAAGUGGUCAACUCAUCUGUCGGCCAACGUCCAACUGCACCGCAGCCGCUGCUCUUGGGUGGGCUCGAAGGUCUUCGUCGGGGGCCAUCCUACCCUCCUCGCGCAGGGGAGAUCUUUGAAGAUGGUUCAGACAGCGUCGAGGAUGAUGCGCGCAACGUGGCUCCACCGGGACGUGGCAGAAGCGCCACUAGUCCAGCCUGUAGCUCUUCCUCUGGUCCACAGCCAUUCCGCUUCCGACUGCUCUCCAACUCUUCGCACCUUCUCAUGCUCUCGCUGGAACUCGACAUGAUCAAGAAGCAAAAGAUCUCUGCACCACUCAAACCUCGAUGGGGCAAACAUCGGGCGAACGAUUUCAACCCUCUUCCUUCGACCAUCUCGUACUCUUCUUCUUCCUCAUCGUCGAAGUAUCUUCGUUCGCCAUUCUCACGCUCAGGAGAAACAGAGGAGAGCGAGGAAGGAUGUGGCGACGACAAGUGCUCGCCCUUUCAGCCUACAUCUCUCCCAAACGGUGCGAGCAGGGCCAGACUAGGGAUCGCGACUGUCGGUGGAGAACUGAGAGACCCGAGCAGUAGGUUGAGAUUCAGUUGGAGCCUGGCGGACAUCGCAGUCGCGCUUGACGUUGCUUCUGCUGCCCCUUCUCAGAGCUGA